AUGGCAAAAACCGACCACGCCGAGCACCUAGCCAUGCCUCAAGACGACCGACGACGCACUUCCGUCGUAGACACUCCUGCCUUUGCUGAGCAUGGUCCCUUGGUCGAUCACAAGGUUCCUCAAGCCGAGGUCGUUCAACAGGAGCCCGAUCUGGCUUGGAGUCGAAUUCGCCACUACCUGAGAGAACCCUUCUCGGAGUUCUUUGGAGUUUUCAUUUUGAUCUUGUUUGGUGACGGCGUCGUUGCCCAGGUGGUUCUCAGUAAUGGCGAAAAGGGUGACUACCAGUCGAUCUCAUGGGGCUGGGGUCUCGGUGUCAUGCUUGGUGUUUAUAGCAGUGGUAUCUCCGGAGCUCAUCUGAACCCUGCCGUCACACUCGCCAACUGCAUCUUCCGCAAAUUCCCCUGGAGAAAAUUCCCAGGCUAUAUGCUUGCCCAGGUUUUGGGUGCUAUGGCUGCCUCAGCGAUCGUUUAUGCCAACUACAAAUCAGCUAUCGAUCUGUUUGAGGGUGGACCAGGCAUUCGCACUGUUGGACUUGAGACCUCUACUGCUGGCAUCUUCUGCACGUAUCCUGCUCCUUUCAUGACCAAGACUGGCCAAUUUUUCUCCGAAUUCAUCGCCAGUACCCUCCUCAUGUUCCUCAUCUACGCCUUGAAGGAUGACGGCAAUAUCGGUGCGGGCCCACUCACACCUUUAUGCUUGUUUUUCGUUAUUUUUGGCAUUGGUGCUUGCUUCGGCUGGGAAACCGGCUAUGCUAUCAACUUGGCUCGUGACUUUGGUCCUCGAUUGGUAUCAUACAUGAUUGGAUAUGGUCAUGAAGUCUGGUCUGCUGGUGGUUACUACUUUUGGGUCCCAAUGGUGUCUCCAUUCUGUGGCUGCGUGUUUGGCGGAUGGCUGUACGAUACCUUCUUAUUCACUGGAGAGUCUCCCAUCAACACACCAUACAUGGGUCUGCAGCGUCUUGUCCAGCCCAAGCGAUCAGUCUGGUCCAACACUUAUGGUGACAACAAGGUGUGA